AUGGAGGGUACUCAAUCGUUUCGCUUGAUCGAAACCAUGGAUACCAUGGAAAUCACUCUCAACCAUGUGGACGGACAGAACAUCGUUUAUUGGGAGGACAUUGAGCAAGUCUUUCCUGGAGUUAAGCGGGUUAGCAAUGGCUAUUCGGUGAUCAAGUUUCUUCGGGGUUCCGAUCAAGGCACCCUGGAUGUUGUCUUGUCUACCUCUGUCCAACCUGUUCUUGCCAACCCUGCUAAGUUUGAUCCAGUCGGUGGUGAAACUAACACUCCACCCGGAACUCCAGUUAAUAACAAAGUCGCUGUUGCUUUCAAGGCUACCCCACCAAUACCAGAGAUACCCGUCAGCGACAUUGGUCUUCUCGAGACACCACCAAGCCCAUCGUCUACCACCGACGCUGCUUCCAAGGUGACAUUGUUCCAGCAGAUUGUGACACGCGCAUCUAGGAAGGCACGCGAAUCUGAGGUCGAGCAGCGAUUUAUCUCCCUAUUGGCCCCUGAAGUCCAAGAAAUAGUUCGAGCCUCGUCGGACAUCUACCAGUCGUUUGCCAAGGCUAUCAAGUACGACAAUGGGGGGCUCAGUCGAGCAGAGCUUAGGCAAGAACUAGGGGGACACUUUCAGAAGCUGGAGGCUAUGGUGGUCAAGAACUUAGAGUUACAGGAAGCAUUGAAGCAGCUACAGGAGUAA